AUGGCAAUCACCUGGAUAACGCAUACGCCAUAUGCGAAUGCCAAGACAAAAUCGUACGUGGCCUAUAGUGCGAUCGCGAACAACUUUAACCUAAAAAAUGACAAAUCGACGGUGACAACGUGGAACGACCAUGGCGGAAGAAACUCAAUUCGACACACUCAUCGCGUGACGCUCACCGGCCUCGAGCCCGGAGUUCGUUAUUUUUACAAAGUUGGAUCUGAUGAGGGCAUGUCGAAGCCGUUCAACUUUACGAUGAUCGACCCGAAAAAGCCGGUCCGAGCGGCCAUCUUUGGCGACCUGGCCCAGGGCCAAAAAGGCUUGAGCUUGGAGCCGUUGAGGUAUUAUUCCUUUACGGGACGAUACAAUAUCAUGUUCCAUAUUGGCGAUAUUGCUUACGACAUGGAUCAAGCGGAUGGAUGGAUCGGCGACUAUUUCUUCAAGGAAUUUGAGGACGUUGCCUCGCAUAUUCCCUACAUGACAUUGGCCGGGAAUCAUGAGCAAAGCCAGAACUUCAAUCAUUACAUCAAUCGAUUUACGAUGCCAAGCAAUGGGAAGGUGAAUGACAAUCAGUUUUGGAGUUUUGACCUCGGCCCGGUCCAUUUUGUCGGGCUCAGCUCGGAAUAUCACAAUUAUAACAUGUACGAUCAAGCCCAGAAGAUGGUCGAAUGGUUGAAGGCCGAUUUGGCCAAGACUAAACAACCCUGGAUCAUCGCCAUGAUCCAUCGCCCAAUGUAUUGUUCUGCUCGUUGUGAUGCCUUUGAAAAUACUGUGCUGAAAAAGGGAGCCAACAAGUUGCCUGCCAUCGAGCCGAUUUUGGGCGAAUAUGGUGUUGAUAUGCUCUUCGCCGGGCAUAAACAUUACUACGAGAGGCUUUUCCCAAUCUACAACGACCGGGCUACAGUUUAUAAAGAUGCCGCCCACAUUAAAGAUGCUAAGGCGACGAUUCAUUUUGUGACCGGAAGCGCUGGCUGCCACACCCACAUCGACGACGUCGACUACAAGCCGCUCCCCUACAGCGCCUACCACAGCGAGCGCUAUGGCUUUAGUUGU